UCCAGCACUUUGAGCUCUACGCAACAUUUGCCAACUGAUCAACUCGCGCUUGAUAAAAACUAUCAAUCCAUUUAUUCACUUAUAAUUAUUAUUCAUUAGCUAUUAAAUUUCUUUAUUUUAUACUUAUCCAAUGCAGACAUGAUUCUGCACGAAAUAUCAAGUCGAACUGUUUUUCAAUGAUUGAUUGUUGAUUAUUGUGAGUUAUCAUUUUUCAAGUAUCAGGAAUUCAACAACAUUGUAUGGUUUAAUUUACAGAUAUCGUGGAGAACGAUGUAUUCAGUAAGAUGGUUCUUGCUUUUACUUUUCAACAUUAGCCAAAGUUUUUCAGCAUCGUUUGAACUCAAAGCAGGUCCCAAUGACACCAGCAAUAGAUCACGAAUCUUUUCUCCCAGGAUGGAUUAUGAUGAAUGGACACCUUUGGGUCGUGGUGAUCCUUUGAAGAAUGAUCCAACCUUUGAUUAUGUUCCACCAGUUUUAGAUCGUGUUCAAUAUUGGUUAGAUUCUCAAUCAAGCACUGAAGCAUCUUCUUCUAAACGUGACAUCCUGGUUUUGGGUGUUACUGCGAAGAAGACAAGUCCUAAAAUUCCUGAACAUUUUUUUAAAUUCAUUGAUGCUCCCAAGUUUAAUAAAAAUCAACAUGAGUCCAGUAAUUUUCGAAAAGACUUUACUGGUAGCACUGGAGCUGAGCCUCCAAAAAUAGUUCGUGUGACCAAGUUCAGAGGCGGCAAUUCAGCGAGCCCACUUGACCUUAGAAGCCAAAAUAGAAUUCAAUCGAUACCAGCAAGCUAUUAUGCAAGCCCUUAUUACGGCGAAAAGAUGAAACAUUUUACUAUGAUGGUUCCACCUCCUAUGAUGAAUCAGGCAAUAAAUCAUCAGUUUGGUGGGCAAACUGAAGAAACGCCUAUCUCUUUAUUACGUCCUGAAAUAAAUCGAGAACAUUCAAAUUCACAUCCUUUAAUUUCUCAAGGGAUUUCUAAAGAUGUUGAACAGUCAACGACUUCUGUUACAUUUGAUAAAUCGAAUCUUGUCUAUCAAUCAACACAGACCUUUGAUUCUUGGACAGCAGCUAAUUCUAAUCAUAAUCCAUCUAUUCUUUGGAACGAAAAUAACCAUAAAUCUAUAGAGCAUGAUGAAGAUCAUCAAAUCGCAGGAUCAGUUAAUCAUGAAGUUGUAGUGAGUCAGAAUGCAAAUAUUAUUGUCGAUGAAAGCGAAGAAAAUGAGCAAGUUGUUUUAGGAAAAAAAGAAACUAUUUAUACUCCUAUAUUUAAUCAUUCUGAUUUAAAUAACAAUAAUAAACAACUAGAAAGUGAUGAUGAAAAAAUGCACAUUGUUUUACCUAAUAUGCCUCCGGCAAAUGAUGAAGUGAAUAAUAAAACCAUGGUAACAGUGAUAAUGCCAACUAAUUAUCCAUCUUCUUCAAAUCAAUCAAAAACUUCAAAUAGAAGUGAAGUUAUUUCUACAACACCAGUUCCUUUGAAUAUUUCCAUGCCAACUAGAAUGCCUAUUUGGAAACCACCUUCUAAAGCACCACCACAAGCUCUUUCGAAGAGACCUGGAAUGCUGAUGAUACCUAAUAACAACAAUAAUAUUCAUAGACCUGUACAAAAACCACCUCACGUACCUUCUAGUCCUCCUGAAAUGAUCAUGAUGCAUUCAAUGACUAUGAACAGAAUGCCAAGUGCUUCUAUUCAACCAAUGUUUCCAUCACUUUCACCACCUUCCACUUCUUCAGUAUUUUCACCACCAGCAUCAUUCCAUCGUCCGGAAAAUAUGAUCGACAUGAUUCGGCCGACCACAAGCGUACAUUCACCACUAGCUAUGCUUCUAGAUGCUGAGAAUAUUGAGAAAAUGACAACAGCUCACUCGUCAAGUAUGAGACUAGAUUUGCCGUCAUCAACAUCAGCACCACAAGCUUCCAUAACUCCUUCAAGUAUUAAAACAACGUCAGAUCCUACCUUUCCUCAUGUCAAACAAUCAUCAAAACCAAACUACAGCCCUAUGUAUCUUAUAAUUCAAGGCCACUCGAAAGUGAAAACUUACAAGCCUACAGUAAAUAAGUAUGGUGUACCAGUAGAAAAUAAUGCCAUUGUCGAGACAACGACAUCCCGUCCAAUCUCAAAGUUUGAACAGUUUGUUAAUGACAACACAAGGGUUGUUCCGACUGAGAAGACCAUUACGAAGAAUAAUCAUGAGGUGAAAGCUAAGGAGAAACGAGUUGGACAUGACAGUUUACUAAGUUUUGUUGAGAGCGGUUUGAGUGCAUUUACUGUACCAUCAUCAUCAUCAUCAUCAUCAUCAUUACGAUUAAUGGACGAAGAAUACAAUAGAUUUCAUGACGACUUAUCAGUUAAAAAACAAUAUGGAAAAAUGAAAUAAAAUGAUUUAAGUGAUUUCGUGUAUAGAGAGGCUCACAUUUAUAAUAUAGAAUUAAGUUAAUGAUAAUUUUCUUGGAUGUGCCAGUGCCAGUAUGAAAUUUUUUCAAUAGUAAUUAUUUUUAUUAUGAAUUCGUAUCAUUAAUUUUAUGGCCCUGUAAUUAUAUGUAACUCAUUAACACUAGUCUUACAGAUACGAGUUACCAAACAUGUAGAAUAUGCUCUAAUCUAAAAAAUAUUCUUUUUUAAUUUGUUUUGUAAGCUUUAAAUUUAU